AUGGCGAAAUUUCUCUUGACGCUGUUUUUGGUGCUGUUCUCCAUGGCUCACGCCGCCAACCAGACAACAAGGUUUUUCUUUUUUUUUAGAAAAGCUAAAAUUCCAAUAUUUUAGGAGUGUGCACCAUUUGCGGAAUGUCACUGAAGCGAUUUCCAAAAAAAGCAUAAAAACCGACCAAAUUGUGAAUUUUAUGCCAGAUGUAGGUUUUUAAAAAAAUUAAUUUAAAAAAAUGUAGACAAAUAGUGUAGAAAUAAUACGCGGCGUUUUUUUUUUUUUGGCGACGCCGCGUUCAUAUUUUGCGCGUAAAGUGUAGUGUGUCGUGUGCAAGCACUGCGGCGUUCUCGUACACGCCGUCGCAAAAUUCAAAAUCAUCACUGAAUUUCCGAAAUGCAGUUAUAUUUUUCACUUUCUGGCGGCUAUUUCAAAUUUCGCGGAAUCACUUUGAACACGGCAACAGAAAAAUUGCAUUUUUUCAAAUAAGAAAUCGAUUCGUCUCAUGACCCAUUGGACAUGCGCCUUUAAUAUUGCCUGUUUUUUACGCUGGUUUCCCAUGACGUCACAUGGGAACGGAGGCUUUGACUCCGCCCAUUUUCGGUUUCUCCUUUUCUUCCAGGAAAAAAAAAAUCAACGCGAUUGAGUCAUUCUAGUUUUUAAUUGAUUUUUUUUAAACGAUUCGAAUUUUUGCAGUGGGCCUUUUACGCAGUAAUUAUUGGUGGACCAAUAUUAUAUUCAGCCUUCUGUUUGUGUCCGUUGAUUUGGUGUUGCCUCCUGUGGAAAGUUUCUCCAGUCUGA